UUUUACAUACGCAUUAUUAAUCCUCCAUUAGAGAAUACUUGCUCUCUCUCAUCCAUGAAUUAAGGUUUAAAAAAGGCAAAUUAAAAAGAUGUCAUCGGCGAUUAUAAGGUCCACUCUCCUCCGGUCAUCUCUUCGCGGUGGCGCCCGCCCCAAUCCAAUAGCUUCCAAAAGAUCGUUUUCUUCCGGCGCAUCAGUCGAGGAUGAAGCUCGCGAGGCUUCGAAAUGGGAGAAGAUUACAUAUGUAGGGAUUGUUGCUUGCUCUGUUCUUGCAUUUGUUAACUUAUCCAAAGGCCAUCCUCAUUUUGAAGAACCACCCCCAUAUCCAUACUUGCACAUUCGCAACAAGGAGUUUCCAUGGGGUCCAGAUGGCCUCUUUGAAGUCAAGGAACACCACUGAAGUGUAAAGGUCGACCUUGCACCACGGGUCUAUGGGAAUAACUGAUCAUCACUUUUCUGUCAAUCAGUGUUGUCUUUUCUUCAAGACUAUGUAAUGAUAAUUUCAUCAUUCUAUGGUGUUAUUGGUUUUGGUUGAUAUCCGUUCUCAUGUUGCUUCCUGUGCAAAUAAAGAGUUAAUGAAUGCACUUCUUCAUGUAUUUCAGAAAUUGGCUUAUAGUUAUGUUACCCUUUGUACCUGUGGUUGACUAUAAGUUUUGAUGCAAUGUACCUAUCUAAACAUCGCUUGCUGUUUUUUA